AUGUCCAUUCUAGACGAAAGAGAGGAUUAUCUGAAGAAUCCAUUCCUUGGGAAACCAGAAUAUGGUGAUUUUACUCCAUUUUAUGUCACUGUCACUAUCUGCUCUCUGAUAUUUACAUUCCUGUGCCUUUUAAAUAUUGGAUUUUGUUGGUGCUCCCGUCAUAGAAGUUAUUGGCAAAGUCCUCAUACUGGAAAUAGGUGGAUUCAGCCUUUGUGGACAGUAUUACCACAUAAAACACCACCUCUGGACUUGAGUGAAUUAGAGCCAGGACGUGUCUUUGAGUCAGAAGAGAAACAAGAAGUUUUACAGUAUCAUAAUCCCAAAUCAUAUAGGACCUCACCACAAUCACAAGAAUAUAUGGAAAUGCAAAAACGUGAGAGCGAAAUUUAAUCGGAAAUCUUGAUAUUAUU